AUGCGGCGGGCUUUUCUCCCGCCUGCACUUCUGCUUCUGCUUGUUGACUUUGUACACGCCGCUCCUUACGACUUUCUUGACAACUAUCGCGACCCUGCGCCUUCGCCACAGGACGGACCCCCAGCUUCGGCAAACGCUACUAGAGACAGAAAUCUACUACCUGCGCAGAUCUGCGGCAUAGUCGGUGCCUACGCCGUCACUGUUCUCAUCUGGGGUAUACUACUUGUCACCGUCGGUAGAAAAAUGAGGAGGAGAACAGAGAACUCGCCCAAGACGCUCGAGCUGGAGCUCGUCACCAAGCGCCCUUCCCUCCGGAGCCCUACCUCGCCCAUUGGCUCUGCGAGGAGCGUGUCUAGCUGGCGAAAGAUCUUCAGGAAGGAGAAGGAUAUCGAAAAUGGAGAUGUCCCUGAAAGCCCCAUCGCGAUAAGUCCCGUGAUACACAGCCCGGGCUCGUUCGACCAAAGGAUCAUCGACGAGAAUAAGGCACGCGCACAGGCUGAGAUGGAGCGUCUAUAUGCCGCCGUCAUGGACCACGACAGGAAGAAGUCGAUUGCCUCGCAAGCCAGUCUCGACUCCAACGAGCCGCAAGCACACUCUCCUCGUCGCCCCUCAGCGAUAAACACCAACAUGACAUCGCACUCAAACCCCUCCUCACCUGUGAAGGCAAUCUACCCCCCAGGCUAUUCGAAUGGCCCGCCUACCGCUCCUUUACCACGCGAACGUCCCACCUCACAGCGAAGCGUGCUUUCUAAGAAGUCGACUUCGUCCAGCAAGCGCGGCUUCAACCUCAAGAACCUCCGGAUCUCAGGCCCCAUCCAGAAAUACCCUGGCGAAUCCGGCGACGAAGAACGCACUCCCCUCUCCCCACGCUACUACCACAACCCCGGCGCACCACCCUCACCCCCAACACAGCAAAACUCUCCCACCACACCCGCCGACCUCGAGGAAGCCUACGAACACCUCGACACCGUACAACCCCUUCCGCGCCCCGCGCCACAGCGCCACAACUCUUCUAACGCACCUUCACCCACUACUAGGGGACCAAACCCCACCCUCACACUCUCCAAAUCCGCAACAUCAUCGCAAAACGAGCUUCCCCUACGCGGCUAUGCGGAGCCACUCAAGUCGCCCUCGCUGCGCACGACAGUGCUUAACAGGCGCGCCGAGCAUCUGGGCAUGAACACGCCCAAGACAGGCGUGCCGUACACCCCGUACAGUCCGUAUAUGCCCUUUACACCCGUGACGCCCGUGACGCCGCAUCUGGUGACGAAGAAGGAGCGCAAGAUGGCGAAGAAGUGGGAUGGGCGGAAGCAGGCUGACCGGGGGGAUUUGGUGCAGAGUCCCAAGGAGAUUUUUGGGGAUGCGUGGUGA